GGCCGCACCGCCUCCCCCAUGGGCCGCGUCAUCCUCAUCAACACCCCCAUCGAAGCCACCAGUAAUGAGAGCGACAUCAUCAACGCCAUCACGGUGGAGAAGAGCAUGGAUGGCAAGCUGGGCUUCAGUGUCCGCGGCGGCUCCGAGCACGGGCUGGGCAUCUUUGUCAGCAAGGUGGAGGAGGGCAGUGCUGCCGAGCAGGCUGGGCUGUGCGUUGGUGACAAGAUCACGGAGGUGAACAGCGUGAGCCUGGAGAACAUCACCAUGAGCAGUGCCGUCAAGGUCCUCACUGGCAACAACCGCCUCCGCAUGGUGGUUCGGCGGAUGGGCCGUGUGCCAGGCAUCAAAUUCUCCAAGGAGAAGACAGCAUGGGUGGACGUGGUGAACAGGCGCCUGGUGGUGGAGAAAAGUGGCUCAACGCCAUCGGAGAGUGGCUCUGAGGACGGGCUGCGGCGCAUCGUCCACCUCUACACCACCUCUGAUGACUACUGCCUGGGCUUCAACAUCCGCGGCGGCAGGGAGUUUGGCCUCGGCAUCUACGUCUCCAAGGUGGACCCUGGGGGGCUGGCGGAGCAGAACGGCAUCCAGGUGGGAGACCAAGUCCUUGCAGCCAACGGAGUCAAGUUUGAAGACAUAAGCCAUAGCAAGGCAGUGGAGGUGCUCAAGGGGCAGACCCACAUCAUGCUGACCAUCAAG